AUGGAACUGUCGCGACAAGAAUACCCUGCCCUGGCGGAACGACGCCGGCUGGAGGAAGUAUACUACGUUGGGCUUCGGAAGCUUGCGCGGAGACCACACCCAGAGGGAGGACAGGCAUUAGGAGUCUUUGAAGUACCAUGGCAGCGCAUACUUUCUGCUACGGAGUCCAUGGCUCAAUCGCAUGAAGCCUUGGCAACCGGAAUCGAGACAGAUGCUGAAAAGCCCCUAAGGGAAUAUGAAACCAAAAAUGCCGACAUGAAGUCAAUGGUAUCAAUCCAAAACGAUCUUUCAUCUCUCGUCAAGACGUUAGAAACCGCGCAGAAGAAGCUCGAUAAGAUCAAAGAUAAAGGACCCAAGCAUGCUUCGAAGGUGCCUGGUGCACAGUCUGCUGUAGAUGAUGCCAAAACACAGUGGCAGUCCAGAGCACCCUUUGUUCUCGAGCAAUUACAGGCCAUCGACGAACACCGUGUGAACCACUUGCGAGAUAUCCUUACCCAGUACCAGACCCACGAGUCAGACCAGGUUGAGCGCAGCCGCCAGGCUGCAGAGAGCUCGCUCAAUUCCCUUCUAAACAUACAAGCCGGAGAGGAGAUCCGCGCAUACGUUAGCAAGAAGAGCGGAGGAAGACUGCCAGCUGAAAUUGCCCCCUCCACUCCCGCUACACCGUCUGCUCGACAGGAGACACCGACAAGCCCCAAACCAACUCCACCCGCUAUGGCAGAACCGCUACCCUCGCCUCCCCCGGUUCACGAUGACAGUGCAAGCCAGCGUUCUGGCAUGUCUGCUCAACGUCGCCCAAGCCUCCAACAGGCGCCGGAACCUCGCCAUACCGCCUUUGGUGGCUUAAAACGACUUGGAACUGUUAUGGGGAGACGAAAGAGCAUGAUUGUUCCUUCUCCUGGGCCGUCUGAGAAGAAGUUUCGAUCCCCCUUUACUCCAUUCCGUCGCGCCGACCCAUCCCGCAAUUUUCAACAAAUGGACGAAUCGGACGGUCCUAAUGGCUUAGAAACGGUUACUUCGAGCGAGUCUCAGCGACCAUCCUCGUCUGCUUUACAUGACUCAGCGAUCGUCGAAUCGCCCCCUCCAACGGCAUCGAACGGCAUCCCUGAAGAGGCCGCAGCAAAAGAGCCUGCAGUGACGAAUGGGGAGCCAACUGGUGCACCCACUCAAACCCCGCAGGUUGAUGCAGAAGGCUAUUCACAGAGACCCGAUACCGAAGACGAAAUUACUCGAAUCCAGCGGGAGGCUGCUGCCACCGACGAUUCGGGUAUCAACCUCACCAUCCGAGACCAGCCUAUCCCCGAGGAUGAAAGUGAGGCUAAAGAAGCAUUGAACCAAGUAGCAAACACCCUAAGACUUAAAGCACAGCAGUCGGGCGUUGCCCGUGGUCCAGGGACGGUUCGAGGCCGCCGGGAUGUAAGGAAUACCAUCUUUGUACCCCCUCCCUCAGGCGCUGGACAUAAUACCGAGAGCUCUGUUCCUGCCUUCAAUCUGGCUACGCCUGCAAAUACAGCGUCCCCUGAGAUGCCAAGGAGCUCAGUGUCACUUGAAAAGGCUGUCCACGAAGACCAUACGGUGCCAGAUAACACCUCCAUCCAUUCGUCACAGACCCUACACAGUCUCUCAGGGCCUAUCACACAUCCUGAAUUACCGGAACCUGGUCUCAAUGUUUCUAUAGUGGAAAAGCUAACCGCGAUGGUAGCGGAUGGGGUGGUUACCAGGUCGUUUGUCGUGGGUGAGCUUGCUCUUGCAUACAAUAACAAUUCAUCAGGGAAUGAGGCCCCGGAUACGGGGCUUAUCCGUCUAAACAACUUUGGUGUUUUGGAACGAGUUGCCGCAAACCCACAGUUUGUUACAGAGAAUGCACCAGUGCAAGCUAAUGAAGACGAACCCGCGAGUGAUGAUUCCCAGAAAGGCAUAUAUCAAGUGCGUCUAGCACCAAUUGCAGGACCCACACCGACAGUUGCCUUCAAAUACCAGGUCCAUCUUGACCCAUUGAAUCUAUCAUCUUACUGCCCUGUUAUCUUCACCCCGGUCUGGAAUGAAGAGGAGUUUCAAGCGAGUGUUAUUGUCCAAUAUUCGCUCAACCCACAAUUCAUAUCUCCUGACUCUGGUGCAUCGGUUGUCCUUCACAACCUACUGCUAUCAGUAAACUUGGAUAUAUCUCAAAUCGACGAAACCACGAUGCGCCCUCGUGAAGCUGCUAGGGCUGUAGGUGCUGCCAUGCACCCAAGCACUGGUGCUGUCUUCCGACGCAAAAACUCGUCUGUUACAUGGAAAAUCCCCGAACUAGAGGUUGGACCUGGCCAGGAUGGGAAAUUCCUCGCCAGGUUUACGACGUCAACUAGUUGGCCGAGGAGAGGCAAGGUAGAAGCCAAAUUUGACGCGACAUGCAGUGACAAUGCCUCGAGACUCGGCGUGAGCGUUUCUACUCCGCAGCUGACUGCAGCACAAGCGGGCAACAAGGACAAAGUGGAUGAUCCGUUCGCAGACGAUGACCUCAACACUGCCAAUGAACAAAGCCCCUCCGCAGAAACCUGGACAGAGCCUUUAAUUGAGCGUAAGCUCACUGUUGCAAACACCAACUAG